AUGCGCGGCCGCAACGUGAGCCGCCCCGCUCCGUGCCACCCCCAGCCCCUUUCGCAUUACGCCCGUCUCUCUGUGCGGCCGCUGGAGUUGCGAGCGCUCGGGCCCCUUGGAGAUCGGGUGGCGGGCUCAGUUUGGUUCACUGCUCCUGAUUAUUUGGGCCUAAAGCGGCCUACGCUAAUGUGGCCGGUGCCCCUGAGCGCUGUUCGUUUGAAGACACCAAAAAAGGUGGCCUCUGCUAUCGCUCGGCCUCCAAGGAUCGCGGAUAAGGGACGCUAUUCUGCGAACAGGCAAUUAAUUCUGUUGGCAACGAUCGGCUCGAGCGUCUUCCCCUCCGCCCCUCCAAAUGCCCUCCUCACCAUCCUCACCAUCCUCCACGGCCAUUUGAAAUGCUAA